UUAUAUUGUGUGCAUGAACAAAUUUUGUUAACCUUCUCAUAGUGUUUUUAUCAAGGUAGUCCGUUUAAAGCUGUAUUACUGUGCAGGUCAAAGGAAAUAAGCAACUGUCCUAUCCCAUUGUAAAAACCAGAUAAAAACCCACCACCCACCACAGAACAGGCACCUUUUUGGUUAAACUUAUCUGUUUCUUAAUGACCACCUGUAAAUGCUCUUCACAUACUAUCAAAACAUAAACUACUGAGGAAGCUUCAAUGUUUGAGUAUUAGUUCUGGGCCAGUAAACAAUGUUUUUGAUAUUAGUUAGCUAAACUUGCUAUAUUUGUGUCAUUUUUCUAGCAUUUUGCUAUACUUUAAAUACCUGUUCCUUCCUCAUAAAACAUUUGCAAGCUGUGUUUUAAAACUAUUUCAAAUCGUACAAUGUUUACAUCCAUAUUUGCAUGCUGACAGUCUUCUCUGCUGCCUUUUUUAGAGUAUUGUUACCUGUGGUGCCGUGUUACCAUCACCCACUGUCAAUUAGUGGAAUAACAUGAAACCAACAGCAGGAUGUGAACCACAUGCCUGCACACUCCUGCACAAAAACACAGUCUGAAAAUACUUUCACUUUUGUUUAUAAUAGAUUAAGCAUAAAAGUGUUGUUGAUUAGUAAAAACGACCAAAGCAUUGGACUGUUUUUCUCAGGACUGUUGUUAAAAAUAUUGUGAAUUUCUUCUGUUAGCAGAAGACUGCAGGACUGUACAAAUGAACUAAAAUUCACACUUGUUACAGCACUUAGAUGAUUGACCAUUUCUUCAGUGCUUAUAACAUAUUAAUUAAGAUUCUCAAGGAAGAAGUUGUGAUAAAGAACUGACACAAAGUUGUUGCCCUUGCUUUAGGUAUCACUGAGUGAUGACUUGGAUACUUUUCACUCAGUGACUCAUUUCUGGCAGUGCAAAUGGAUUGUAAACAAUGCAGAGGAGACACAUGACGACAGGUCAAACAGCUGUGAUACAAACACAGCAGACUGUGAUGGCAGCAGUAGGAGAAGAUGUCCAUCUCAGCUGUCAGCUCAUGCAGUCUAGAGAUGUUCUUCAGGUCACAUGGCAGAAACUUUCACCUGAUGGGGAGGAGAAGAAUUUUGUUGGCUACAGAAACUUUGAGCAAGGUGUGAGUGAAGAUUUUCUUGGGAAAGUGGAGUUUAAAGUUGCUGGACUGCAGAACUGCUCCAUAGUUAUCAGGAAGGUGAUGGAGCAGGAUGAAGGCUGCUAUCUCUGUUUGUUUAACACGUUUCCUGAUGGUUCUCUGACAGGCAGAACCUGCCUCCAACUCUAUGAGCUGCAUGAACCCAUUCUACAAAUCAGAGAAUCAAACUCUACUGAAGAGACAGUUGUGUCCUGCUCGGCCACAGGUCGUCCUGCUCCCACAGUAACUCUGAAUGUCCCACAACAAGACCUCUACUUCUCUCACAACAGCACAGUCAGUGUCACCAACACCAACGGUACAGUCACCGUCACCACUACAGCUGUGCUGUCUGGUUUCCAUGGAAACAACACACAGGUUGGAUGUGCAGCACAACUGCUCUCAGUCCCUGAAAUUCAAGUGUUUAAGACGAUUCCUGCAGUGAAACAAUCGUCUGCUGAUGGUUUUAAUGAUGAAUCUGGAUCCGAUCAGAGUCUAACAGCUGUGAUACAAACACAGCAGACUGUGAUGGCAGCAGUAGGAGAAGAUGUCCAUCUCGGCUGUCAGCUCAUGGAGUCUAGAGAUGUUCUUCAGGUCACAUGGCAGAAACUUUCACCUGAGGGGAAGGAGAAGAAUUUUGUUGGCUACAGAAACCUUGAGCAAGGAGUGAGUGAAGAUUUUCUUGGGAAAGUGGAGUUUAAAGCUGCUGGACUGCAGGACGGCUCCAUAGUUAUCAGGGAGGUGAUGGAGCAGGAUGAAGGCUGCUAUCUCUGUUUGUUUAACACGUUUCCUGAAGGUUCUCUGACAGGCAGAACCUGCCUCCAACUCUAUGGUCUAACAGCUGUGAUACAAACACAGCAGACUGUGAUGGCAGCAGUAGGAGAAGAUGUCCAUCUCAGCUGUCAGCUCAUGCAGUCUAGAGAUGUUCUUCAGGUCACAUGGCAGAAACUUUCACCUGAUGGGGAGGAGAAGAAUUUUGUUGGCUACAGAAACUUUGAGCAAGGUGUGAGUGAAGAUUUUCUUGGGAAAGUGGAGUUUAAAGUUGCUGGACUGCAGAACUGCUCCAUAGUUAUCAGGAAGGUGAUGGAGCAGGAUGAAGGCUGCUAUCUCUGUUUGUUUAACACGUUUCCUGAAGGUUCUCUGACAGGCAGAACCUGCCUCCAACUCUAUGAGCUGCAUGAACCCAUUCUACAAAUCAGAGAAUCAAACUCUACUGAAGAGACAGUUGUGUCCUGCUCGGCCACAGGUCGUCCUGCUCCCACAGUAACUCUGAAUGUCCCACAACAAGACCUCUACUUCUCUCACAACAGCACAGUCAGUGUCACCAACACCAACGGUACAGUCACCGUCACCACUACAGCUGUGCUGUCUGGUUUCCAUGGAAACAACACACAGGUUGGAUGUGCAGCACAACUGCUCUCAGUCCCUGAAAUUCAAGUGUUUAAGACGAUUCCUGCAGUGAAACAGUCGUCUGCUGAUGGUUUUAAUGAUGAAUCUGGAUCCGAUCAGAGUCAAACAGCUGAGAUACAAACACAUCAGACUGUGAUGGCAGCAGUAGGAGAAGAUGUCCAUCUCAGCUGUCUGCUCAUGCAGUCUAGAGAUGUUCUUCAGGUCAAAUGGCAGAAACUUUCACCUGAGGGGAAGGAGAAGAAUUUUGUUGGCUACAGAAACCUUGAGCAAGGAGUGAGUGAAGAUUUUCUUGGGAAAGUGGAGUUUAAAGAUGCUGGACUGCAGAACUGCUCCAUAGUUAUCAGGGAGGUGAUGGAGCAGGAUGAAGGCUGCUAUCUCUGUUUGUUUAACACGUUUCCUGAUGGUUCUCUGACAGGCAGAACCUGCCUCCAACUCUAUGGUCUAACAGCUGUGAUACAAACACAGCAGACUGUGAUGGCAGCAGUAGGAGAAGAUGUCCAUCUCAGCUGUCAGCUCAUGCAGUCUAGAGAUGUUCUUCAGGUCACAUGGCAGAAACUUUCACCUGAUGGGGAGGAGAAGAAUUUUGUUGGCUACAGAAACUUUGAGCAAGGUGUGAGUGAAGAUUUUCUUGGGAAAGUGGAGUUUAAAGUUGCUGGACUGCAGAACUGCUCCAUAGUUAUCAGGAAGGUGAUGGAGCAGGAUGAAGGCUGCUAUCUCUGUUUGUUUAACACGUUUCCUGAAGGUUCUCUGACAGGCAGAACCUGCCUCCAACUCUAUGAGCUGCAUGAACCCAUUCUACAAAUCAGAGAAUCAAACUCUACUGAAGAGACAGUUGUGUCCUGCUCGGCCACAGGUCGUCCUGCUCCCACAGUAACUCUGAAUGUCCCACAACAAGACCUCUACUUCUCUCACAACAGCACAGUCAGUGUCACCAACACCAACGGUACAGUCACCGUCACCACUACAGCUGUGCUGUCUGGUUUCCAUGGAAACAACACACAGGUUGGAUGUGCAGCACAACUGCUCUCAGUCCCUGAAAUUCAAGUGUUUAAGACGAUUCCUGCAGUGAAACAGUCGUCUGCUGAUGGUUUUAAUGAUGAAUCUGGAUCCGAUCAGAGUCAAACAGCUGAGAUACAAACACAUCAGACUGUGAUGGCAGCAGUAGGAGAAGAUGUCCAUCUCAGCUGUCUGCUCAUGCAGUCUAGAGAUGUUCUUCAGGUCAAAUGGCAGAAACUUUCACCUGAGGGGAAGGAGAAGAAUUUUGUUGGCUACAGAAACCUUGAGCAAGGAGUGAGUGAAGAUUUUCUUGGGAAAGUGGAGUUUAAAGAUGCUGGACUGCAGAACUGCUCCAUAGUUAUCAGGGAGGUGAUGGAGCAGGAUGAAGGCUGCUAUCUCUGUUUGUUUAACACGUUUCCUGAUGGUUCUCUGACAGGCAGAACCUGCCUCCAACUCUAUGGUCUAACAGCUGUGAUACAAACACAGCAGACUGUGAUGGCAGCAGUAGGAGAAGAUGUCCAUCUCAGCUGUCAGCUCAUGCAGUCUAGAGAUGUUCUUCAGGUCACAUGGCAGAAACUUUCACCUGAGGGGAAGGAGAAGAAUUUUGCCACCUACAACGAACACUUUGGACAAACAGUGAUUCCUGGUUUUCAGGGGAAAGUGGAGUUUAAAGUUGCUGGACUGCAGAACUGCUCCAUAGUUAUCAGGAAGGUGAUGGAGCAGGAUGAAGGCUGCUAUCUCUGUUUGUUUAACACGUUUCCUGAUGGUUCUCUGACAGGCAGAACCUGCCUCCAACUGUAUGAGCUGCAUGAACCCAUUCUACAAAUCAGAGAAUCAAACUCUACUGAAGAGACAGUUGUGUCCUGCUCGGCCACAGGUCGUCCUGCUCCCACAGUAACUCUGAAUGUCCCACAACAAGACCUCUACUUCUCUCAGAACAGCACAGUCAGUGUCACCAACACCAACGGUACAGUCACCGUCACCACUACAGCUGUGCUGUCUGGUUUCCAUGGAAACAACACACAGGUUGGAUGUGCAGCACAACUGCUCUCAGUCCCUGAAAUUCAAGUGUUUAAGACGAUUCCUGCAGUGAAACAGUCGUCUGCUGAUGGUUUUAAUGAUGAAUCUGGAUCCAAUAAGAAUUUCACUUUGAUUGUUGCAUUGAUCACAGCAGUGGUCGUUGUUUGUGUUGCUGUAGUCGUCACUGUUGUCACUGUCGUCAUACGUAAACAUAAGAACAGGUGCAAAACAUCUUUAAUGAAUCUGUAGAACGAGCAGAUCCGGCGACAGACACCUCAGGAGAAAAAGCCAAAAGAAAGAAAAAGCUCACUGUGUUUGACAGCAGCACUGAAUUUUAAAAGUUGUGGGUUCAAUCCUGACUUGAUCAAGCGUUUUUUAAAUUUAGCAGCUGUAUUUAUUGCUAUUAUUAUUAGGACUUAGCUGUUAUGAGGGAACAAGUCAAGAGCAUGUAUUUGACAGGUGUGUGAGCCUCUGUUCCUACUAAACAAAGGGGGAAACAGUAUCUGACAAUAACAUUCACAGCUGUCAGGAUGUGUUUCCCGUGCUGUAAUGGACAAAUUUAGGGAUAGGAAUGGCUGCUCUGAGGAAACAUGUCAGCAGUAUGAAAUUUGCCUAUGAUCUCAGAAGCUAAGCAGGGUCGGGGCUGGUUAGUACUUGGAUGGGAGACCGUCUGGGAAUACCAGGGCCUGCAGAGGACGCUGCUGAGCUUUUAUGAACACAUUUGCACUAAUUAAAGACUGAUCAUGUUGUUUGAAAGUGAUAUUUGAUUGUCCUGAUGCUCCUGUUUUCCUUCUAUAACUUGUAGAGAAUGCCCCCUAAUCCAACAUUAACACUGCUGUUAGUCUGUCAUUAAAUUAACAGAUAAAACUGGAAAAUAAAUAUUUGUGUCCUGUCUUUUUCUAAUAGUUUUACUACACUAGUUUAAUCAUAUGUUGUCCAGCAGAGGGCAGCAUAGAGCUGCCAAUACUAAACUCAAACAACUGUCAUAGGAAAGGCUGUGAAAGGUUUUCUGUCAUGGCUGCCAUCAGCUUUGUUUGAUACUGACUCACUGAAUACAGUUCACACAGUCCCAUGAAAAACUGUAGUUCAAUUAAAACUUAAGGACUGUCUGUUCAAACCAAUCCUCUCUGUCCAAAACAGCAGGUACUGAUGUUUUCAUUUCAUUUUAACGCAGUAAAUGCAAACAUGAAAAGAAAAUAUACAUACUAGUGUGUAUUGUACUUCACUUUAUUCCUUUUUGUUUUCAUCUAUGUAUUUUAAAUCUUCCAUGAUAUGAUUCAGACUUUGCUAUUAGAAGUUAGCAGCUCUUGUCAUGUCUGCCUUCUUGGCUGCAAGCUGACAACAGAUCCUGAGUUUGUGUUUAAUGAUUCAUUGUUUUAUGAAACUUAACGAGCAGAUGAAAAAAUAUUGCAUUAAAUAUGUCAGGAUGACUUUUGCUCACACUUCUGUUUUGUUGUAUUUAAUCACACUUGUUUUAACAAUGAACAUGCAUAAAGAUCCAGGAUCUUUAAGGUCUUAUCAUUGAGGACUAUAUGUUUGAGAACAAUAAAUGAGUCUCUGUAGACAAACUAAGUCUGUUUUGUGUCUGUAAAUGUCUUCAGUGAGUGUUAAAGUUUUCAUUUUGCCUCUUUUUGUCUGUUUUUUUUCUUUUGGUGCAAUU